AUUUGGGGCAGCUCCCCGGAUGCUACUCGAGUCUGAGUGAGAGAGAAGGGAAGCGGGAGUUGGGAGUGAGGUGAGCUCUCAAAUGCAAGGAAAAGCAAACAAGUCAGUAUUUUAAAAGCAUCUGAAUACUGCGGCUGUGUCAGUGUGGAUGAAGGAUGCAGACGAUCAAGUGUGUGGUGGUGGGGGACGGCGCUGUUGGGAAGACCUGCCUGCUGAUCUCCUACACGACCAAUGCCUUCCCGGAGGAGUACAUCCCCACGGUCUUUGAUAACUACAGUGCGCAAAAUGCAGUGGAUGGGCGCAUGGUCAGCCUAAACCUGUGGGACACAGCAGGCCAGGAGGAAUACGACCGCUUGCGUACACUCUCAUAUCCGCAGACCAAUGUCUUCAUUAUCUGCUUCUCCAUCGGGAGUCCCUCGUCACACGCGAAUGUGCGACACAAGUGGCACCCCGAAGUCUCGCACCACUGCCCCAAUGUGCCUAUCCUGCUAGUAGGGACCAAGAAGGAUUUGAGGAACGAUGGUGAGACCAUCAAGAAGCUGAAGGAACAGGGCCUUGGGCCGACGACACCACAGCAAGGGAACUCGCUGGCCAAGCAGAUCGGGGCAGUGAAGUACAUGGAGUGCUCAGCCCUGCUGCAGGAAGGGGUGCGUGAGGUGUUUGCAGAAGCUGUGCGUGCAGUGUUGUAUCCCGUUACUAAGAAGAACACCAAGAAGUGUGUGUUGUUGUAAUGCGCAGGGCUGAAAGAGCUGGGGGACUGCAUUGCAAACUAUGUCCCAGCGGGUGCCCACAAUCCAGUUUAUAUAGUUCCAGGUUCAGUAGAUGUUUGUCAUCUCCUAUUCUCUCUGUCUCUCGCUCUCUCUCUCGCUCUCUCUCUCUCUCUCUCUCUCUCUCUCUCUCUCAAAAGGGAUCUAGCUGCACUGAACCUGCCACCUAACUGGAGAACGCUUCCAAUUAUUUUUUUUUAAACGUUUAUUUUUCUUAGAAAUUGUCAGUCCAAGGAAAUGGAUUAGUUUUGUGAAAAAGCUGCACCUUCCCAUGCAAGGCUUCCAACUUUGCAACAUUCCUUCAUUAUGUUGCUGCCUGCCAAGCAGCUGGCAUAUCGGAGAGUUAAAAGGAUGGGGUAAUUGGGUUCAUGUGGAACUGACCAGGAAAGGUGAUGGUUAGGUGGGGGGUAGGUAAGGAUUGUAUUUGUGGGUAAAAUGUGAUAGUGCCUUGAGUUGGGAUUUUAAAGCCCAAUUACAACCAUGAAACAAAAACAUACUUAAUUUAAACACUUGUUUUCAAGUAGCCAAGUUUUGGUUUAUGCAACUGACCCCUUUUUUGUCACAGUAAAGUAGCAUGGCUAGUUUAAACUGAGCCUGUUAGGAAAAAUUAAGAUGCAAUUGUAUUUCCCCAACCCAGUCCAACAAAGAUCCUCCCCUCCCUCUUCACAGCAACAAUGUUCCUGCUUCUGUCAUUAUUGCACCAACAUACCUUUUCUUCUUGAUUUGUCCACAGGGAAAAUAACCUAAUACAUGUCUUGCAUAUCUUUUGCUAUUGCAUCUAAUUGUUUAAACUAUAAUGGUUUUGGGCAGAUGCCCUGUCUUGGUGUGGGUUGUACACAACAAAAUUACAUUUUGUUUAAAAAAAAAAAAAAAAAAAAAACACCACAUCUGGAUUCAUUGAAACAAAAAUAAUUUUACCUUUGCUAAAUUCUAAUUGCAUUUUAUAAUGAAGAAUUUAAAUGUUUCUCAAACCUCAGGGUGAGACUGAUUAGGUGUAACAUAUUCAUUAUAAUGGUGACUGACGGCAUUGCUGACAGCUGCCCAGUGCUGUUGAACUAGCAGUGUUUCACAGCAGGCUUCCCUUCAUUGAAUGAAUGAGUGUGUGCAUAAAAUUAACAUUAAGGUAGCCAUCUCUUUCAUGAUAUUCUCUAAAACAUAUGCUGAUCCAAUUAGAAUCUACAAAGGUCACAACUCCAGGUACAAUGGAUCAAUUUCCUAAAGAAACUUGACAACCACUGCUGCACGCUUUCCUGUUUACUGAACAGUCUUUAUCUUAUUUGUCACUGUGGCACAGACCCUGGUUCCCAUGCUAGCAGUUUGUUCUUGCACCAUUAAACAGCUUUACAUACUGUACAUUGUAUGCUGCUGUAAAGGGAAAACAUAUGUCAGUGCCUUGUUAAUUCGUUGCCUUAUUUACAGUAGAGAAUGAUGGAGUGUUUGGUAGUUUCUCUGAAGCAAGUUGGACGAGAACUCUGCUUUAAAUAAUUGCCACAGUGUAAUUGUGGCAGGCAAGGGCUUGAUGUAUAUUGUAGUGGUUUCCAUCUGUGUAUGUGUGUUUUUUUUUUUUUUAAUCAACAGUGCAGUUCAGAUGUUCCAGUUGUGGCUUUGUCAAACAUUUAAAUGAGUCAUGGCUUAACCCUUAAAGGUACAACAAAAAAUCUUUCGAUUGUCAUACUUCUGUACAGACUCGACUGAAAGGUGAUACAUUUAUUGGAAAUGCUUCCUUUGCAGGAGGUAUAAGGGACCUACCUGUAUCUCACAAUUUAUGCAGGACAUGGGACUAGUCAAUAGGGGACCCUUGUAUCUACUGGAAAAUGUGUGUGCUUUUCUUUUAUUAACCGUAUCAUGACUUAUCAGAAUAAUCUGCUGCCUCCAAUGUACAAGACAUGGAAUAAAAAGCACUUCAAAAAAUCAAAUCCUAAAUAUAGGUGGGGGCAUCGUUUGCUUAAUUUUUGUUAUGUUUAAAACUGCCCAAAAAAAAAAAAAAAAAAAAAAGCGCUUUUGAGGUAGUCUAGACAUUUGACCAGUGUUCAGUAACAAAAUCCUAUGUGUUUGAGAAUGUUCUGCUCUUGCUGUCCAUCUCACCUAAUACUUCUGUUUGUAUAGGGGUGAGUGGUGGGUCUGACUGGUUACCUGACUGUCCAGGUGCAUGAUGAGUCAUGAUUUCCUGUAGGGAAAACCAUUCCAGGUAUCGCUUCACAAAUGUCUGUUAUUUCCCAUAAUGGCUAAACAGUAAUCACUUAAGGGGGGUACUAAGCUAUUUAACUAUGUAAGACAAUACACAGUGGUGUCUGCAUAAUACCCAUGUGUUUUUUUAAAAAAAAUUUUUUAAAACAUUAGUGUAUUUUAAAUUACUUUAUAGGGUUCUCCAACUGACAUCACAUGGUACAACACUACAUUUACUGCUGAUGUCAGGGAUUCUGUUUACUAUAUUGUCAUAACAAACAAUUUUAAAAUCAGUACAGUAUUUGCGCUUCUGCAAGGGCUACUUAAAACCUGAUUGCAUUGUUUCGAGUCCAAGUAAUGUGCCAUAGGUGUUCUUGCUACUAUGUUGCUUUUUGUGUUUAUCCCUUUCAAUUUCAGUAUGUUGGUAGUGAUAGUUAUACUGUGCUACCCAAGCUGGUGGUUAACUGGCAGGGGAUCAAAGGUGUUGAUGAGAUGCUAGAGAGGAUCAUCAGCUAAUCAUCAUUGUAGAAUGUUAAUAGUGAUGUACAGGUACAUACAUUCUAGGCUUUAGCAAAAGGAAUGUAUACUUCUCAAAACAAUUUCCCCAAAAAUCUGUAACUGUACUGUAUGUCUGUUCCUGUUAAUUAGAAA